GUCUUUCUCCAGGUAUCUCUUUAAUUACUUCAUGAACCACCAGCAGUUUCCAAGCGAUUCUCGCGUGUGGUGGCUUGUGUUGGGAAUCAUCUGCCUCGUGAUUGUUCUUGUUGCUUACGGGAGACUUUACUUGGGCAUGCACACGCCCAUCGAUGUCUAUGCGGGGAUUCCCAUUGGCUUGUGCCUAUUGAUGUUUUGGUGCUGCGUUGACGAUCAUAUCGACCAAUUUGUCACGGAGGGUGAAAACGUUCUUCCGUUCUGGACAAGCAUGUCAUUUCUCGUUCUCUUCGCGUAUCCAAGGCCAGAAUACAAGACACCAAGCUUUGAGUUUCACACUGCUUUCAACGGCGUCGUACUGGGAGUGGUAUAUGGAUCACACAGAUUCUACUCGUAUGGCCAAACGACAGCCCUCUCAAUCUCAACACUCCAGGACACGCUCAACUUAAUCCUGAUGAGCAGUGAUUUCCAGGCUGUGAUUGGUGUUGGGCCGGGUGUCGUUGAGGAGGCGGCGAAGCCAGAUGGCCUCUUUGCAUGCGGAACUAGCCUCCGCCUCACAGCUGGAGCAGGCAACGACGCUCUGCUUCUUGCUGCCAACUGCAUUGUGAAGGCUAAACAAUAUAGCCAAAGCCAGCCCAGUAAGCUUGACUCUUGGCCUUAA